AUGGCUCUCAGAUCUCUGGACAACGCUCUGCCGGCCCUGCAGGAACGCCCCAGGAAGAUCGCCAAGGUCGCCGCUGUCAAGGCCGAGGAUCUCGUCGUAGCGACUGAUGAGAACUUGGCGCCGCCGGCCAACGCCGCGGAGGCGUCAGUGGAAUACGUCGCGUCCUGUGACUUGCUGCCGCUGGAUGAUCCUGAGACGAAGGUCGAGGUAUGAUACGGUGCCUCUGCCGUUCUCGGGCCUACAAUUCCCGCGUGUGUUUCUGAUAACGAUCGUCGUGCGAGGAUGAAUUAGGAGAAGUUGACGUAUUUUUGUAGGUAUUUCGUGACGAUGAUGCGCAACCUAGUUGUCAAUACUUCUCUGAUCCGCACUUCGAAUGGUCUUUUUAUUUUCACCCAUUGAAUUAUUUCCUGCUAGAUACGCGUGAAUCGCAUUGCGAUUCGUAUUUAGGACUUGUUUGACGCCCUGUUUUCCGUAUAUCUAAUUAUCUAAAAGUUGGAAUUUCCUGCGGUGUGAUGCAUCUAAAGCUCAUAUAAUCUAAUACCUCUCGAUUUUCUCUUCGUUCAAAUAGAGAUUGUUGGAAGACUUGGAUUCUAAGGACUGGCUAAAAGUGUGUGAAGCUCUGAAUGUCGUGCGUCGGCUCGCAUUGCAUCACUCCUCCUUGAUGCUUCCAAUUCUGUAAGCAAUCAUUAUACUCCCUUCACUACACCGUACAGUUCCAAGUAGAAGGAGCAAAGUCCACCGUUCCUUUUAAUUGUUUGUUUCCUGAUCAGUUUUGCUUCGGUUAAUUUCAAAUUAUAUCACAUCCACCAUGGAAAACUAGGCGGCCGUUGACGAACGUAAUCAACUAAUUGAAAUUCUGGCGGAACUUGUUCUAAGAACAUAGGGAAGAUUAUUCUACGAACAGCAGAAAAGUCCUCAGAAUAAUUUGCUAUUGCCUAAUUAUAUGAUUAGUUUGCAUCUUCCUUGGCUCACGAACAGCAGAAAAGUCCUUAGAGUAAUAUGCUAUGGCCUAAUCCUUAUGAUUAGUUUGCCUCUUCUUUGGUUCACGAACAGCAGAAAAGUCUCUGUAUUGGUGUGAUUUAGUUCAUGACCAAGAAAAAUCACAACGCAAUCCACAAGGGAUGGUGAAGGUAGUCGAACGGGGGAGAUAACAACAAAGAGGGUAUUGCUGUGUCUAAAAUUUGGUCCCAUAAAUGUAAUCUAGGAUGGAAUCUAACCCUAGUACACCAAUAAUUCGUCAAGACAGACGAUGACAGAUUCUGGGGGGAAGAUGGUCGAGAGUUAACAGCUGCAAAAUACCGCCAAAAGGAGAUUGUCACCGGUUGUUGAAGACGAGCCUGGUGUCAACGAACGUCGCAAAUGCCCGACUGAAACCUCAAAGAUUGUCACUUUACUUUCAAGUCUUCCCUUUACUUUAUGUUUUCUGUCGCCUAAAAAGGCACAAACCAGAAGUUUUUCUCAUUCUGAUGUGAUGAGCAACUCAGCUUGAGAAAGGGAUUGGAUUGAUGAGUUAAAAAUGACAGGUCAACUGAUUUUCCUGGCGCAAACGUUCAUACGCAGGGACAAAGUGAUGCUGGUGACGAUGAAAGCAAUGAAAAAUCCUAGGAGCGCGCUGUGCAAGACCUCAAUCAUGGCUUCAACUGAUAUCAUCUCCUCCUCCUUGGGUCGUACGCUGCUGCUGAACAAGGAUGGCGCUUUUGAUCAAUUGGUCAGGCUUCUUAUACGCGCGCUGGAUGUUUAUGAAAACCACUCUGCCUCUAGACCUGCCUUGCCAGAUAACUCUGUCCCUAAUUCUUCCACAUGACACCCUCUACAGCUCCUACAGCUUCUGCUCAAGGCCUCUCAGGACAAGAAGUUCGUCUGCGAAGAAGCAGAGAAGUCGCUGCACGAGAUGGCACGCUCCCUUCCUCCCAUCCCCCUGCUCAAGAGGCUCCAUCUUUACGUCAAACAUGCGAAUCUCAAAGUGAGAGCGAAGGCUGCCGUCUACAUGUCCCACUGCGUCUCCAAGAUGGUAAACAGCCGUCCUUCCCAUGCAGCAGAAGUUAGACUCGUGGGUUCCUCUUGACUCCUCUGCCCCAAUUAUUUUCUAGGACUUUGGAGUGAUGAAGGAGUUUGGACUGGGCAACAUUCUUCACAUGGCCGCCGAUCUGCUGAACGACAGGCUGCCGGCGGCUCGUGAAUCGGCCCGUGGCAUGAUCAACUCGGUGCACCGAGCAUUCUGCGGCGAUCACGGACGAGGGGAAGAAAGAAACGGAUCAGAGCCGUCGCAGUUGUGGCAGGACUUCUGCUUCUCCAAUCUGCGCCCGAGUGCAGCUCAAUCCAUUGCAAAGAUCAUCUUGCAGUAG